AAGCUGACGAACAACGAGGCGGAAUAUGAAGCUCUGGCUGGAGGGCUCAGACUUGCCCAAGCCCUGAAAAUCAGCCGGGUCAGUAUCAAAUCUGACUCUAGCCUGAUAGUAGGGCAGGUGACCGGUAACAUGGAAGCAAGGGAAGGACGCAUGGCACAAUACAAGGACCUUGUACUUGCCCUGUUGAAAGGCUUCGAAGGAUUCAAGAUCGCCCAGAUUCCCCGGGCGGAGAACGCGGAUGCAGACCUUCUCUCCAAAUUGACGCAGUAUGCUCCCGAACACGUUUCGAAACUUUCCCGGGUAGAGAUCCUUGACCGUGCAAGCAUCGAGAAAUUGGAAGUCGCCGCUAUAACUGCCGGAAGCCAGUUUGACCGGUCAAACUUGGUCGGGGCGGACGACCAUUGGAUGUGUGAUCUGAUGGAAUAUCUGACGGAUGGGAGCUUGCCAGAACAAGAUGACCGGGCAAGGAAAGUGAAGCUCAGGGCACCCCGAUUCUAGAUUCUCGAUGGAAAGCUAUAUAAAAGGGCAUUUGGGGGGCCACUCCUGAGAUGUCUAACCAACCGGGAAGCUGAGCGAGUCAUAGCGGAAGUCCACGAAGGCAUAUGCGCGGCGCAUCAAAUGUCCC